AUGUCGGCCAGAGCUCUGCCCCAGAAGAUCGAGAUCAACUCGGAUAUGGGCGAGGCGUUCGGGCGGUGGCAGCUGGGCCCGGACGAGGAGCUGAUGAAGUAUAUCGACGUAGCCAACGUGGCGUGCGGCUUCCACGCGUCGGACCCAGUGACGUUGCACAAGACCGUCAAGCUCGCCAAGAAGUACAACGUCGCCGUCGGUGCUCAUCCUGGCUUUCCCGACCUAGCUGGAUUCGGUCGUCGACGCAUGGAACUGACAGAGGAGGAGGUGGCGGAUAUCAUCACCUACCAGAUCGGAGCGCUGAAAGCAUUCUGUGACCUGGAGGGAGUUCCUCUGAACCACGUCAAGCCGCAUGGAGCGCUAUACUUUUAUCUGAAGAACUCGCGCAGCCACUGCGAGGCGGCCUACAAGGCGAUCAAGCCGCUAGGCGUUCCAGUGUACGGACUGGGUGGAACGGUGCACGAGGAGGUGGCCAAGGAGCUGGGCAUAGCGUUUGUGCCGGAGCUGUUCGUGGACAUCGAGUACAGCAAAGAGGGCGCUCUCAUUCCUCCUGCGCAGAGCAAGAAGAUCACGCCGCAGGAGAGUGCGGAGCGCGCACGCAAGGUGGCCGAGACGGGCAACAACUAUGCGCAGGGCGGCGGCGAGGUCAACAUGCCCGAGUUUGGGCAUGCCGACAAUGGAGGCAAGUGCAAGCCGUUUUCGAUUUGCAUCCACAGCGAUCUUCCCGGAGCGGAAAGUAGAGCAGCAGAGACUCGAAAGACGGUGGACGAGCUCAACGCCAAGAUGUUCCCUGGUGCCUAG